AUGCCUACCUGGAAAGUAAAACAUAUGGGGAUGGCAUUUAAUGGGGAUGAUCUCAACUCUUCUAGAAAAGAUUUAAAUUAUCGUGCAAUUCAAAAUUUUUGUUCAGCGUCUUCAUAUGAUCCAUAUGUACCUAAGGAGGGCGCUGCUGGUGGACCACCUUCAAAAACUGCAGAAAUUCAAAAAAAAAUCGACGAGACAGUAGAAGUUAUGCGUGAUAACCUUAAAUCCGUUGCCGUAAGAGGAGAGAGAUUAGACACUUUACAAGAUAAAACCGGUAAAGAAAUUAUGUUGGAGAAUAAAGAAAAACUUUAA